CUCCAGAUUUCCUGGUGACUCGGAACCGGGUAGCCAAUGGCUUGUGGAGCAACAUGCCUAAGUUUUAUUGUGACUACUGUGAUACAUAUCUGACCCAUGAUUCUCCAUCUGUGAGAAAGAGACACUGCAGUGGUCGGAAACACAAAGAGAACAUGAAAGACUACCACCAGAAACGGAUGGAAGAGCAGGCCCAGAGCCUGACUGACAGAACAAUGGCUGCAUUUCAACAAGGAAAGACACCUCCAGCUCCAUUCUCUGCUCCUCCUCCUGCAGGGGCCAUGAUCCCACCUCUCCGCAGUCUCCCAGGUCCUCCUCACCCUGGCAUGAUUCCUGCACCCCACAUGGGAGGCCCUCCCAUGAUGCCAAUGAUGGGCCCUCCUCCUCCUGGGAUGAUGCUCAUGGGACCUGCUCCUGGAAUGAGGCCACCCAUGGGAGGCCACAUGCCCAUGAUGCCUGGGCCUCCAAUGAUGAGACCUCCUGCUCGACCUAUGAUGGCGCCCACUCGGCCUGGCAUGACUCGGCCAGACAGAUAAGAGCAGAAAGGCUCUUUAUCAGUUUUGUACUUCUAGUUCGUUUCACCAGGAGAUGACAGUGCUGAGCCUGAGUGUUUUCUAGCUGCAUGACAGGAAGGCUUCCCCUUCCGAACGAACAUAGAGAAGUGGGGCAAAAAAAAAAAGUGCAGCUUUCACUGAUAUUGUGAAAUGUAAAAAUAAAAUUGUCAGCUGUUUAGUUAAAAAAAACACACACACACUCCAGUUAAGAUUGGGGGCAAGCACCUAUAAUCCCAGCAAUCAAGAGGCUGACGAAACAAGAUUGCCUGAAGUCCAAUGCCAGCCUGGGCUCCAUAGCAGGACUCUGUCCUCAAAAAUUCAACAGGGAAAUGGAUGUAGAUAUGCUCAAAAUACAUUAUAUACAUGCAUGGAAUUGUCAAAUAAUAAAUAAAAACAUUAUAUAAAAACUAAACAAGAACAAAUAAGUUAUUUUAAUUAACUAAUAAAAUAAAAGGCACCGUUUCUCUGGUCUCUAAAAUAUUAAAAACAAUGAUAAACCUGCACAUUCCACAAACUGAACACUAAAAAAGUCAAGUGUAGUUUAUGCUUACAGUAACAGUGUAUUUCACCCCAAAUAACAAAUACUCAAGAAGCACUUAACAGGUAAAAAGGAAGCACACAAAGUUUACAAUGUUGAUGUUUUCCCUAGCUCCUCAACAGAGAACUCUGCAUUACCUUUUUGGGUUCUUUGAGACAGCUAUAGCCCAAGCUGGCCUAGAAUACUAUGUAUCUCAGAAUGGCCGCAAAUGCAUGGUGAUACUUUUGCCUAGGCCUCCCAAGUGCUGGGAUCACAGGUGAGUCACGAUGCCCAGCCUCGUCUACACUGAAGGUAGACUAUUAUUCAAGAAGAAGAAUUAAGAAGAAAUUAGCAAUGGGGGGGCUGCUACACUUAAAGAUAAAACUUUUUUUACAGAUAUUUUCAAGUAUAAAAUGACUGAGAGACGUCUGGUAACUUGGAACUGUAGCACAGCCAUUAGUCACUGCCCAGGCAAGUGUUUCUGCCCUCUUCCAAGACAAGUAUUUGGAUUUUUCCAAGAGCUGAUGUCAGGGCUUUUCAGAGACAGAGCAGCAUUUACAGGCCAGAGAAGGAAAAAGGUUUCCCCAGUAGCUGUACUCAGUGUGGCCUUUGUACUGCUCCACUGCCAAAGCCAGGAAGACCCUGCUAGAGAAAGCUAUUCAGUUCUUGGGAGUCGGGAGAUAGACUCUACCCUGGGAGGCUGGAGGAUUGUGACUGGAGAGACUUGCAAUCACAGGAGCACAAUUUAAUUUUCCACCAGUUUUGAAUCCCAAAUUCUGAUGGAAUCAACAUCAGAACAAAGGCUUCUUAAUUCUUUCAAGAAAAAUACCACAUACUGAAUCUCAAUUUCUCUCUCUCUCUCUCUCUCUCUCUCUCUCUCUCUCUCUCUCUCUCUCUCGUGUGUGUGUGUGUGUGUGUGUGUGUGUGUGUAGG